GUAUACCUCCAUUUAGCUAAGCACAAAACAUGGGUCCAUCUGCUAUCCCUGUAGCCCAAAAUCAGUCUUCGUCUGCGGCAGAUGCCCCAACUAAGAUUCAUCAGGUAAAUGCGCCCACACCCGCAAUUUCGUACACCCCUACCGACGUGACAAUCCCAGCGAAAUUGUACGACAAAGUACCGAACUUGGAAUGGUACAAGAAACUCCAAGAAGCCGAACGGAAAUUGGAUUUGCUUAUUGCACAAAAAAGCUUGGAUUUCCAAUCUGUUCAAGCUGCGUCGAUGCAACCCCAUAUUGCAAAGAAGGAGACAGGCACUUUACGCGUAUUUGUUUACAACACAUGUGAAAAUAUGCCAUGGCAGAAAAUGGGACAGGGUGCUACUCUGUCUGAAACUCCAGGCCAGGAAUCUCACUGGACGCUUCGAAUCGAAGGACGAUUUAUCCCAGAUAGCAAGGAGAAUGUUGAUGCAGAGAAAGUGAAAUUCUCUUCGUUUCUCUCUGGGUUGUCGGUCGAGAUUGUACCUAAUGGUGACUACCCUAAUUUACAAGGUAACCCGUCAAACGUGAUAGAAUGGAGAGACUCAGCCACGGGUCAAGGUAUAAACCCUGCCAAAGAAAACGUGUCAAAUGGCUCUUCGCACCUGUUUGAUGGUAUCGACAUCAAGCGUCCUGGUAUCUUUAACAUUGGCACCAAAAUAGCCAUCUUCGUCAAGGAAUUCUCUUCAAAACUUGUCUUGUCUGCUCCAAUGGCUGAGUUCACCGGAAGGAGGGAGUUAUCGCAGCAAGAAAUUGUCUUUCACAUCUGGCAAUACGUUUUGUAUAAAGAUUUGUUCAAGAAGUCGGAAAACUUUACUAAAGUGCCUGCUGUGUCCUCCUCUGCCAUCUCCAACCCAACCAUGAGCGUGGAUGAAGAUGAUAACGAGAUUUCUGUCGUUCACUCAGACGAUACGCUAAGAUCUUUGUUGAAAGUGGAUGCUUUUAAGUUCCGGGACUUGUACAAAUUGAUUCAGCCUCACUUGAAUCCCAGAGAGCCUAUUGUCUUUGACUACGAGAUAGUCACCACCAAAUCCACAACUCUCGGGGAUGUAGUCAUCGACAUUCCAAUCGAAUUACCCUUAAGCAUGAGCAAAAUACAGAAAGAAAUCAUCGAAGAAAAUAAGAAGGCGUUCGAGAUUAUGUCGAAGUCAGAUGAGCACGUCCAGUUCUUGAACCAAAGAAUCUCUCUAGGAAUUGCUGCUUUACACAAUGUGAACUCACGAGAGAUCUUUUAUCGCGAAUUGAGUGAAGAUCCAGUGUCAUUCUUGAGAAAAUGGCUCGAGAGUCAAGCGGAGACAUUAAAAGCCCUCAAGAGCGAGGAAGGCUAUAAUGAAGAGACCGCUAGAAGGGCAGAAUUCUUCAAGGAAAACGAAGAACUUGUGAAGCAAAAAAUCGAGCUAAUGUUGGGGGCUCAAAAAUUGUGAGUGGUUUGAAGAUUCGUGGUUCCUUUGAAUUACCCUACAAAACAAAUCACUUGAUAAAUCGAUUUCAACUGAGGUGACUCAGUCAUUUUUAUGUAUAUUAUUCAAUAAAAGAAAAAUUGUCACAUAUU